AUGUACUCUACGGCGGUCAUUGACAUAGACGAGAACAUGACCCUACCCUCUCCCCAUCGGCGGAUCUCUGGACAUUUCGAAGGCACCGACGUCGAUUUCAACUUUUACCUUCCCCCGGAGACACGGUGGCAGGGUCGUUUCUUCAGCUACGUCUACCCGGACCAGAACUCUACGGCCAUAGACCGGCGGAUUGGCUUUGCUUUGGACAGUGGUGCCUAUCUCAUUCAAGUCUCUGGCACUUCGGGAUAUCGUGCCGACGCCGCCGCGGCGAAAUUCUCUUGGUCCAUCUUGGCCAACUACUAUCGCUCGGUCCCGGAACAUGUCUAUGGUUACAUAUAUGGCGGCAGUGGAGGCUCGUACAUGACGAUCGGUGCGAUGGAGAACACUGCUGGUGUCUGGGACGGAGCGGUACCCAUUGUGGUGGCGACGCCAGUCUCUAUUCCGUUGAACCAUGCGGUACGCAACUUGGCCUCGGCAGUGCUUAGGAACAAGUCAUCACAUAUCAUUGAGUCAAUUAGGAGCGGAGAUGUGGAAAAGGCCAUGCCGAAUCUCAGCGAGACCGAAGCAUCUGUGUUCAUGGAGGCGACGCUUUCGGGCGUUCCGAUAGAAGCCUGGGAACACUUCAGCGGCCUCGCGAGCAGCCGAAUGCUGAAAGUUCUGUUGAGCUCGGUCAAAAACCUCGACCCUUCUUACGCGGACGACUACUGGAGCAAACCAGGAUAUCUGGGGACUGAUAAUUCCACUCUAUCCGACGUGCUUCAUUCCAAUUUUGCCAACGUCACCGCGAUAAUCCAAGAGGUCAUUGCAAUCAGCGAUGAUGACGACUUUGCUUUCAACAUUACACUAGAGGGAGUCCCUGAAAAUAUUGUCAAUUUUGAUGGCCUGGAAUUCACCCUCCUCGGUAUGGGCUGUUCGUCCAAGAUCGGUGCCUUGACCGGAACCUGGAACCCCUCUACCAAGUCCAUAAUGGUGACCAAGGACAAUCCGGACAUCUUAUUGAGCAAUCUGAUCCAGGAUCGGCGAAUCCGCGUCGAUAACGGCUGGUUCAUUGCAAUGCACACGUACCAUCGCCAUCAAAUCCCGAGUCGACCCGGUUUCUACGGAUUUGAUCAGUUCAUUGGACCCGACGGAGCUCCUGUGUAUCCCCAGCGAGCCGUACAAGCCGCUGCCGAAGUAGCCAAGGGCGCAUGUGGCGGUUGCAUCUAUGGCGGCAACAUCACUGGGAAGAUGAUCAUAGUGGACAACCUGCUUGAUAGCGACGCCUUCCCAUGGCAUGCAGAUUGGUACAAGUCUCAGGUACAAAGGACUCUCGGUUCCAGAUUCGAUGACAACUUCAGGCUGUGGUACAAUGAGCGCGCCGAUCACUUCUUCGAGCCUGUCGCGGAGAAUCUGAAAGACUUCAUUGUAGACUACACUGGGAUGUACGAGCAUGCGAUGCGCAGUCUUUGUGCCUGGGUUGAGGACGGUAUUCAACCACCAGCAUCGACGAGUUAUCAAGUUCAGAAUAGCCAGGUUAUUCCUUCUGGCGAAGCGGACGAGCGGCAUGGUAUCCAGCCCAUUGUCGAGCUUUCCAUGAAUUCGUCGCUUAUUGGAAACAUUCAAAGGGGUACCGAGGUAAAUUUCAUUAUGCGGGCGGUAGCACCUGUUGGGGCUGGCAAAAUCGUCGCUGUUGAGUGGGAUUUUCUAGGAGGCAAGACGUUCGAAAGCAUGCCAUUUGGCGAACCUAACGAAAUCGUUGACCUGGUUGUUCCAUUUGUUUAUGAUAUCGCCGGCACGUAUCUGUGUGUAGUCAAGAUUACUGCUCAACGUGAAGGAAACUCAUCUUCCCAAUUUGCUCGGGUAAACAACUUGGGGCGGAUCCAGGUCGUAGUACGAUGA